UUCUAAGUGAAGCAAAGUUGAGAGAGAGAGAGAGAGAGAGAGAGAGAGAGAGAGAGAGAUAAUGGAGAUCAGACGGCAUGAUGAAGAAGAAGUGUACGAGGCAUCACGGACUGGGAGUGUAGAGUACUUGAACAGAUUGAUCGAAAAAGACCCAUACAUUCUAAGGAAAGUAUCCCUGCAGACCGGUAAAACCGGAACCCCCUUGCAUGUACCGGCUUUGCUCGGACAUGCUGAGUUUACCAAAGCCCUUUGCACUAACAAUCCCAAACUUGCAGAGCGGGUGGACGCCAAUGGACGCACGCCCCUACACUUGGCUUCUGCUGAGGGCCACAAGGAGACCGUCGAAGCUUUGUUAUCUGUGUAUGCUGAUGCGUGCUUGCGUUAUGAUGAAAAGGGAAGAAUCCCUCUUCACUAUGCAGCCAUGAAUGGAGAAGUUGAGGUGCUCCAGAAGUUGAUUGAUAAAAAGCCUGAGUCCAUUUAUGUCAAAGUUGAAAACAGAUCGAAAGAAACAGUUUUGCACUUGUGUAUUAUACACAACCAGUUAGAGUGCUUGAAAUUGUUGGUUGAAAGGGACGACAGCAAUGGUGAGUUCCUCAACUCAAGAGCUGGCUGCAAUGAUGGGAGUGUGACCAUCCUGCACUUAGCAUUGAUGCUAAGGCAAAUUAAGAGUAUACGUUACCUGCUUUCCGUUGAUGCUAUAAGAGCAGAAGCAAUUGGUGUGAAUGGGAUGUCUCUGACCAUGUUAGAUAUCUUAGAGUACAGCAGCAUUGCAAGAGAUGAGUUUAGCAGAAGCUUAGAAAUUCAACAGAUUUUGAUUGACGCGGGAUUAAUCAGAAGGGAAAAUAAUGAAAAUGAUAAGCCUAACUCAGAUGUUGCCGCUGCUGCUGUUGUAUCACCGAAUCCAAGAAGGGUGAAGAAGAAAAAGAAGCUUCACAAACAAGUAGCAUCAUCGGAGAAGGGAUCAACGCCGGCUAGGAGGUGCUGGAUAAAAUUGAUGAAAUGGUUGAGACAUCCGAGUGAUUGGGUGGUCGAGACACGUGGCAUGCUGAUGGUUGUGGCUACGAUGAUCUCGACCAUGACAUUUCAAGCCGCAGUUAACCCACCUAACCCACCUAAUGAUCCCGACAAUUACUUCCCCGUUUUCAUAACAUACAAUACCAUCUCGUUCCUUGCUUCUUUGAGUGUCACCCUUUUGCUCGUUAGUGGAUUUCCUCUCUACAAUCGGUUCUGCACGUGGCUCUUAUCGAUGUCCAUGUGCGUCACUCUCACAUUCUUGGCACAAACCUACCUAAUUUCGCUGUUUAUGAUCGUCCCUGGUACACCUACAAAUACAACCUUAAACCUAUACGUGAUAUCCGUUCUUACUUGGACUGCUUUGCUGGGCGUAGUCGGUAUAUUGGACACUAUUCGGUUUCUUAUUUGGCUGACGAAGCGGUUGCGGCCCAUGUACUUGAGGUCAAAAUCAUGUCUCAAGAACAUGAUCACUACUGGCUCCUUUUCAUGUAACGAUGCAACGCGUUUUGAAGAGAUUGAUUCGCCUGCGGUUGUGUAAUUACUCCUACACGGUGUGUUAGCUUGAAAAAAUAAUUAACUAGGUCAAUGACGCUUUCUCGAUA